UGACAGUUAUGUGUUUAUGCAUUUCCAUUUUUCGCUUAUAAAUUAAAGAAAAAUGAUAAACAAAGAUUCACAAUUGUCUAUAGAAAAAAUAUGCCGUUCCUGUAUGACUGAAAAUGAUGAUAUGCAGAAUGUAUUUGAGGGCACAUUCGAAAUCGAUGGGAAAACAGUUAAACUAUCUGAUAUGUUGAUGACUUGUGCCACAAUAUCGGUAACUUCAGGAGAUGGACUUCCAUGUACAUUGUGUUUAAACUGUAAAAGCAAGUUAAAUGUAGCCUUCCAAUUCAAACAACAAUGUGAAAAGUCUGAUAGUGCAUUAAGAGCAAUAACAAAUCAAAAAGUCAAACAAGAAGAUAUUGUGGUUCAGCCAGAUUUAUAUGAUGAAGAUGAUGAGCCAUUGUCAAAAUUGGGAAAGAAAAGAACAAGGGGCAGGCAAAAAAAAAUUGUACCUCCCAAACCAACAUUCACAUGUACAUAUUGCAAUAAAGACCUACAAACUAAGAAGGGACUUCGUUUACAUGAAAGAAAGCAUACAGGAAAUAAUGAUAAACCAGAGCAAGAGCAUGGUUGUGAGGACUGUGAUGAGAAAUUUUCAAGUGCAUCAGAACUAGUGGAACAUGCCAAAACCCAUGAAGAAGACAAUGAGUUGAAAUUGGAGGUUACUGUUGGGGAACUCGCACAAAAUAAAAAUGUUGAAAUAGAAUUGAGUGACAGUUGGAAAGAUGAAUUUAAAGAUGAGAAAACAGAAAAGAAUAAAGAUAUUAAAGAGGAUAUUGAAAAUGAAUUUAAUAAUGAUGACACCAACAAUGAUGAUUCAUUUUUUGAUACAAAUGAUCACUCUGAAUUGUCAGAUAAUGAAACAGACAAUGUCGAUGAUCUUUUCAAUGUCAAAAGUAAAAAAGACAAAACUGAUGUAAAGGAUAAGGCAGUUUAUGAAUGCAAGGAAUGUUCAAAAUUCAUGACAACCUAUGUAGGUUUAAAAAUUCAUAUGAGAAGACAUACAGGAGAUGAUCUACAGACUUGUAAGCUUUGUGAUAAAUCAUUUACAAAGAAAAGCCAUCUUACUAGACAUAUGACAAUUCAUGGCAUUAUUGAGCCUGUUUCGCCAGCUAAAAAAGAGAAAGAGAAAGAAAAACAGGUUAUGCAGUGUGAGUUUUGCGAUAGGAAAUUCAAGUAUAAAAAAAGUUUUGUUCAUCACAUGCAAGUGGAGCAUGGCAUGUCCGAGUACGAAGACUCAUUUGUGGACGAAAGGAACGAGAGUGAGGUGAGCGUGGAACAAACGAUUUUCGAUCCCAACCAAUUAAGCGAGUUCGUCGGUUCAGCUGAAAAUUCGCAGUCGAAAACGGUCGAAGCGACUGCUGAAGAGGUCACAGAUGUGACUAAUGACACUAAUAAUAUUGUUAAUUCGUUAGUGGAGGAGGAAGAUUGCGAUUAUAACGUCACAGAUGAAGACAACAAAAAAAGAACGUCAAAAGUACACGCGUGCCACGUGUGUUCAGCUAUAUACGCACGAGCCAACCACCUCACUAGGCACAUGACUUUGCACCGUGCAAUACUCGUGCACAAAUGUGAUCGUUGCGACAAAGCGUUUGCCACCAAAGAGCAUCUGGACAAGCACGUCGAAGAGGAGCACAUCAACAAACCCUACGUGUGCACCAUAUGCAACAAACCAUUUAGUCGUGGUGAACAUCUUAUCCGGCACUUGAAGGUACACCAAACCGGAGGUGAUCAGGAUGAAGUGCUCAAGUGUUCAAUAUGCGACUUUAUAUUUACAAAAUCGGAACACCUCGCUAGGCAUACGAAAAUCCAUCUGCUGCAGGAUAAGAGGCAUAAGUGUGUGGACUGUGGUAAGGCGUUCAAUAGGCUAGACAAUCUGAAAACCCACCAAAGGAUUCACACUGGAGUCAAAGAAACUGCCAAACUUCACCUGUGCAUUUAUUGUGGGAAAGAAUUUAAUAAUUCCAGUAAUAUGAUUGUUCACAUGAGAAGACAUACAGGAGAGAGGCCAUACAAGUGUUCCGAGUGUGGGAAAGGCUUCCCGAGGUCUCACGAUUUGAAAUGCCACGAAAGAACACAUUCCGGUGAAAAACCCUACCUCUGUACUCUAUGCGGAAAAUCCUUUAAUAAAAGCAAUAAAUUGUUAAGGCACAGUCGUGUUCACACUGGGGAACGGCCGUACGUGUGCAACAUAUGCGGUCGCGGCUUCACUCAGUCGAAUGAUUUGGCGUUACAUAUGCGCAGACACACGGGUGCGAGACCUUACGCAUGCGGGGUGUGUCCGGCCCGCUUCAUACAGUCGGGUCAGUUGAAAAACCAUCGUCGGACGACUGGACAUUGGAUGGAAACCCAGCCCGAUUUAAAGGGUGGGCAUAGGGUGGAACCGGUCACGCCGGCCGCCGAACCCACACCCAUACGCUUCAAAAGUCAUGGUAAGAAGAAGGGUGAUUUCCUCGACAGCGAAUUAGCAGUACCUGGACUCCAGCCGCCUAAGCAAGAGAAUAUCGUACAUUCGAUUAUCAAUUUUGAUCCAAGUAAAAUAGUAACUUUUCCUCCUGUCAUGGGAAUAACGUCGGUGAUUCACGGCACCAAUGGUGAAGAGCUCAAAGAAUUCAAAACAGAAGUUGGGACUGUAAUCAUUAACGAGUUCUAUGACAAACAGCUGCAGGCGGGACCGAGUACUGAGGUGUAUCAAGAGGCAGUAUCAUCUGUACCAUCCUACACCACUACAACAACCACAACAUUUACCACUACGGACAAUUUUACAUAUACAACUUUCCAAAACUAGCAGUUAAUUGAAUUAGUUGAUGAAAUUAUAUAUAUAAAUGUUGUUUGAUUGUAAGCUAUAAACUGUACUUAUAUUUUAUUUUUCAUUUUGUAUAUAUUAUCAAUUUGAUGGUGUCAAAGUACUGUUUAUUGUAUUUUAAUACGCUUUGUUUAUUGAAACAAUUAAUAAAACACUGCAAAUAAGUGUUGGUACUAUAAGUAAUUGUAUACAUUGUGUCAUGUAAUUUAUAAUCUAAUUCUUUUGAUGCGAUUUAUCAUAAAUUUACUCGAAUGUAUAUAAAAAUCUUAUUGCAUAUGUCUGUAUUACAUCAUAGAUUAUUAAGUUAAAAAUAUGUAUUUAUAAAAUUUUUAAAUGUGAAAAUGUACUUGUGUAAAGCAAUUCUUUUUAUAUCAACUUUAGCAUAUUGUAUUAAGAGUUUUAUUAAUUGAUGAAAUAAAAUACAUUCAUCACAUUAAUUUUUACAUCUUGUUUUGUAAAUAGUUUAAUGUAAUAUAGAGAUGAUGGAUUCACAUUUGUUUUUAUACAUGGUGUUCUCAUAAUAUAGAAUAUUUGCAACUACUUAGAUUAUUAUUCAAAUUUAAACAGCUUGGAGAAUGAGAAGUGUAUAUAGUUUUAUAUAUAUUAAAGUAUGAAUGUGUAAACUACACCUGCUAUUUUUAAUAAACAAUUGUUCAAAAAUA